AUGCCGUUCGUGGUAAGGAAGGUGGAGCCGCGGUACGUGUGCCGAGGACACGUGCCGACGGUGGUCUCGCGCGACUGGCCGGUGGGUGCGGAGCUCGAGGCUGCAGCAAACGGCGCCUUGACCGCCUCCCUCAAACAGCUAGCUUCACUCCUCAUCGCCGCGGAGGAUAUCUUCGCGGAGCUCACGGCGGAGCUCGCUGGUAUCGCCGACAGGAGCGGCAAGCUCAGGACGAGGCUCGAUAUGGUGGAGGAGCGGCUCGCGCUACAGGAUCCCAAGAAGAUACCAGUCCCCGAGUCGGACAUCUGCACUUUCGCUCUGCGUACGGAUCACUUCCGGCUGUCGAACGAAACGAAGAAAUGCCUGUUCACCCUGGACACGCGGCCACGGGCUUUGAAGCAGCUGUACGAAACCGCGGCAGCGGCAGCCGUCAGAAGCCUCGACUCCAUGAGGAGAGAUAGGAAUUUCACCUCCUCCAUGGACAUGUUCAUAUGUACGCCGAUACUUGGCAAACGGAGACGCGACCACAGCCUCGACAUCGAAUCCCGAGUCCCUCGAGCGAUCGAGGAAUUACGUCGAUGGACGUCGGCUGAAGCCCUAGGUAACGUAACAGUCGCCCCAGACUGCACAUCUCGCAUCCUGGGGGAAACAGUGGACGACAGCCAACCGGUGGAUCAUAAGCUGCCGAGUCCCGAGGAGCAGCUCCAGGCAAUCGCCCUCAAAUUCCCAGCUGAGAUCGUAGCAGUAGAUGUUAGUGGUCGAGGUUUCCAGCGCAUGUCCAUGCGACGGAGAUCGAUGCACACAGGUCAGGAGUCACAGGAGACGGUGAAGAGGCGCUCCAGGCCACGCCGGCCCAGAGGCAAAAGACGGAAUACUAUCGCCGGCACAGAUCAGAAAGAGAUUCGUCAGGCGAUUGGCGGGGAAGCGACAGCGGACGAGCGAGAGGAGGCACACUCGAUUAGCGGACCCUCGAAACGGGCGCAUCGCUCGGUGAGUACGGACCUGCUAAGAAGCGGCACGAAGAAAGACUCGAACGUUGAAAAAAAAUCUCAUUUCAACACGCUCAAAGCAUGGGGCAGAUCCAGGCUGAAACUCAUCAGUCCCAAAUCCAGUCAGCAGCAGCAGCAGCAGCAACAACAACAACAACAGCAGCAACAGCAACAGCAACAGCUAAACUACAUGUGCGCGGAUGUUAACGGCUCAACGACAUCGUUGGUAAACCGCAGCGCAUCCGAUCAGCGGCUCUGUAAGCAACAACAACAACAGCAGCAACAGCAGCACCAACAACAGCAGUUGGAGGACGAGAUCCUCUUAGCCAAUGAAGAACUGCAUGAGGUCGGCAGCAGACGCUUACGGCGGGAGAAUCCCAAGUCGUCACACGAGCGCAAACCGAGUUCGUCGAGUUCCAGCAGUAAGAGCACAACGUCGAGCCUUGGAACUCUCGUAGCUAAACAAAAGCUGCAGGCCCAGCAGCCGCCGCAGCAGCAGUUGCUUCAGCAACUUCAAAUCGACGAGCAGCUCGAGCACCCAGGCGGUCCUCGUCCUUCGAAUGUGAAACUCCGGGAAAGCGCGGCCGAGAGGCGCGAACGAAGGAAGGCUAGAACCGACGAACCACCGCACUCUAGCUCCGGCAAUUGGAGCGCUUCCUCCGAGAGCGGCAGGGCCAGCAUCGGCAGUGAGACCACCACCACCACCCAUCCGCCCAGAUCAACAACUACAGCUUCAAUCGGCACAUCCUCCACCUCUCUGUCACAGGCGCGUCGUCUAAAAGGCCGCGACAACUCGGCCUCGUCCUCCGUCACUUCAGAAGGCACCCUCACGCCGGACAUCAUUCAGGACAUAAGCGUGGUGCCGUUCUCGGAUGACGGCGAGACCUCUUCCGUGUACUCCUGCGACACCGAGGGUUACUACACAUCCUUCCACAUGGACUCUGGCUUGAAGACGUUACGCGAAGAGGAGCCGCCCCAGCCGCCGAGUCCCCUCACCAAGACGAACGAGCUUCAGUCGGAUCCGACCUCACCCCUUAUCGAAAACGAGUAUGAGCUUUUCGGUAGGGGCUCGACUUCUACGACUACGAGUUCUGCCGGCACCGUCUGCACGACACUCAUGGCCCCGCCGCCACCCGAACGCAAAUCCAGCUUGACAGUCGUUGCUAUGGUACACGGUCAAAACAAAAACGGCGGAGAGUCUCCGGACAGUGGUCACAACACCUCAUCUUCGCCGGUGGAAUCGGCUUCAAGUCCUGCCUGCACCGGGCGCUCGUGUUCCGAAUUUGAGUAUUCGGAGUCGAGCGAUCUCGAAGGAUGCGAGCGCAUCGAACGAAUCCGUUCAAAGACAGCUAUCAACACGAGUCGCAUACCAUCCAUGUGCGUGAUAACACCACCCAACUCUGAUGACGAGCAUCAUCACCAACGACAUAAGGAUUCGGCACUAAAAGAAACGAAACCAAGAAAGGACCCGGGCUCCAUACUUAUGUCCGCUACUGUGGGCACGUCCAAGAUGGAAGUCAUCAAUGGUCAAGACAAAAAUCUGUACGCUACAGUUCAGACGGUGUUGACCUCGAGCGAAAAAGGUUUGUCAACGAUUUAAACGACAUGUUUCUGUAAAAUUUCAAACGUGCUUAAUUUAAAUAAUAAUAAAAAAGUCAGCCCUUUGAGCGGUGUCCUGGGUAAGCUCCGCGGCGUUCUACCAGGCAGGAAACACCAGUCAAAGUCGAAUCCGAACAGCCAGGAGGCGUUGCAUCAGCAGCAGAUAAUCGAGGCUGGAGACUACGUGACCAUUGCCGACGUGAGAAAUAAUAACGACAAGAGGCAGCCGAGAACCGCCACAUAUGCCAACGCGGACCUCUUCCAACGCGAUGCCGAGUACGUGAGCCUCAGCGAGCUCCCAAAGAAGCAGGACUCAUCCCUUGAGAGGCGCCGCCAAGGUGCCAGAGUUACCUUGGACUCCGAGGGCAAGGUAGUCUAUUCAUCGGACAGCCUGAAAAGGAGGAAGGGAGCCCACACGACCUUCAUCCCAGGUCCGUUUGUUAAGGAAGGAGCAUCCUCGCCGGCCUCCUCGCCACUUCUGCGACGUAACAAAGUGACGCCUCGGACGGUGCAACGAACGACUACGAGUGCCGUUGACGGUGAGGCGCGACUAAACUCCGACAUUUCCGUAACUCAACAACAGCCAGGCAAAAUCAUAAUCCGGGCGACCAAGUCGCCGGAACGCACGUCAAGCCCAGACUACAUACGGACGCCAUUGACAGUUGUUGGACCGAACCUGACUUCAGGCGGUCAGCGUCAAGGCGCUUAUGUCAACGUCCAGGGCGGCGGCGAAGAUAAUACAUUUCUCGCGAUCCAGCCAAACGAGCCGGUCUCGUCCUCGGCAUAUUCUCAGCAGCAACAACAGCAACAAAAACAGCAACAGCCACCGCCGUAUAUCGGACCCCCCCAUGUCCCGAAGCUUCACGAGGAUUAUCCAAACCAAGUCGUCUAUGAUAAUCGCUUCCAACAGCAUGAAUCGACACCGAGCCAUCAUGGAAAUAAAAAUUUACCGGCCAAUAAUCACCAACAGUAUAAUCAUCAAACCUACCAGCACCAUCGGAAAUCACCCGGCAUUCAUAACUUGCCCGAACCCUACUUGCAGUUCAUUUACAAGAAAAGCAAUCUUGACAAUCACUGUCAGCAUCAAAACUACUCGAAUCAUGCAGAAAAUGAAAGGAAGUACGCGCACCAAUUCCAGAAUUGCCAAAAGAACCAGCAACGAUUUUACACCCUCCCCAGCAGGAGGCCCAGUCGUGAAAUCGUCGUCGACCCACCAAGGAGCAUUACACCCGACAUAACCAGGGGUCUGACACGCGGACCGCCCAGCGCUAUGCACAUGCUCGCCAGGCAGGGCCAAAAGUCUGACUCCGCUGAAAGACUCAUCGAUCAACAGUACGGCCAAUCCGACGUUAAUAGCAAAAACCUCGAGCAGCUCGAGGCGAGGUACAAGCUCGAUCUCAACCAAAAGAAUCUCGAACAAUUCGAAGCGUCGUGCAAGCUUGCGGCUCAAGAGCAGCAGAGGCAUACACCAGUGGACGUUAAAAACAGAUUCGCUUCACCGCUCGGACUGUCAGCACUGGGUUACCGCCUUCUCGCUUCACCGAUCCAGGAUAACCUUAAGUUGGCACCGCUGUCGCCGAUUGGCCCAGGGCGUUCCAACGGCUUCAAGUCGUCAACACCAACGAGCCGCGCCACCACCACCGUCGUCGAGCGACUCGCCUUGCAAACUCAGAGGUGCGCUUCCCCAAACCCGAGUAUCCUGCGCCACGCGACCUCGGAGACGCAGCUGCUGUCCUCACCUCCCUGCGACUCGGGCAGGAGCACGCCCACAGGCCUCGUCCUCUCGCCCAUAAAAAGCACCAUGUCUAACGAAGAGCUUUUUGCGGCUAUUCACAAGUCCAAGCGGCGACUCAACAUCCGCGACGAUCCCGAGAGCCUCUCGCCCGUUUGCUCUCUCACCUCCCUCAUCAAGGGACAGCAACAUACCAUCGGGACGCGGCACAGCUGGAGUCCCGAGUCGCAGAAGCUACCCGAGAUUCCAAAGACUAUCGUGUCGCCAUCGACGACGUCGCGCAUGGAUUUCAAACGACUUCUGCUCCAGCAGAGUAUUAAGACUGGUCCCACGAGGAUCUCGGCAGCAGAACAGCUGAAACUCACGCGACAGCAGUGCCAAGAGUCUCAGCAGCAACCUCAACAGCAGCAGCAUCAGUGCUCGUCGAAGCUCGGACAGCAGACAGCAUUGACAAAGGUCCUGAGUCCGCGGUCGGCUUGGAGGUUCCAGACGCCACGCACGGACGUCCUUUCGUCGACGAUAAUUGAGGACGCAGCCGCGGAAGAAAAGGCCAUGAAUUCCUCGCCGGAGACUCCGGUACCAAGUCAAAGACUUAUUCCAGAUACCGUUUCCGUGCGUCGUCAGCUGGAAAUAGACGGCAUACCCCAGCGACUCGGCAAAUCUGAGAAGGAACUAGAAAAUCGGUUACAGGCUGUUGAGGCCAAACGGUCGGCUUCUACGGACGAGCUGAGUAGCCCCAUUAAAGCGUUCGAGAGUCGCAGGAUGAGCAAUCAACUAGCCAGGGCGCAAUUCCUCGCAAGUCCAGCUGCGCCCAAAGACCUCUACGGGAGGCGUUUUCGAGCGCGCUCAGAAUCACCCCAACAGAACAUCCAGCGUAACAAAGCAUCCGAAACACUUGUACAGAUAGACGUCGGACCCGUCACGCGUAGCCCAAGCGCCCCGACUCUCGAGACUGCGCUUUAACUAGAUGAUUUAAGAUAGUACCUCGAAACGGUUAGUCAAGCCUAAUGAAAAUGCAAUUUUGUGUUUAUUACUUCCUUUCCUCUCCUUUUGUUUUCAUAGUAGAUUUAUUCUUAUACACCGGAUAAAUCAGCGGUUUUCAAUUUUUAGUUAGCUAACAUUUGAACAAGUGUGAAUGUCGAUUAUGUUUCGGAUCAUCUGGCCUCAUUGCAUUAGUACUUUUUGCUUAUUCGAGUGUAAUGCGUUUAUUGGUGCAUAUAUGUUUAUCAUAUUUAUGGCGGUAUAAUUUAAUCAUCCGCCGUGCGAAUCUUAUUAUCGUGUAAAUAAGGACGUUAUUUUUCGAAAAUAUUAUGCUUUAUAAAGUGAACGUUUGAUUUUGUUGAUUUGUGUAUCGAAGACCAAAAUUUAUAAUUAUGUUAAAAAGUGCCGCUUUGUUUCGCGUAAAAAACAAUGUAACGAAAUGCAGCCAAGGUCACGUUUCUUCAAACGCUAAUAUUGGCUUUCAUUAGUAUUUUAAAGCAGCGUUAGGGCCUUUUUUAAUUUAUUUUGUAAGAUAUAUUUUUAUUUUUAAUGAAUCAUUUUCUUGUUAAAAAUUGGAUUAUGGAUUAAACGUCCAUAUCAU